GAAAAGAAACGAGGAAAGUCUUCCGGUUGCCUCGCCGCUUUCACGUGCGAAGCGUUUUGCUGCUGAGAGUGGGACGAGCGCAGCGUCAGGGAUGAAGUUCGCCUACCGGUUUUCCAACUUGUUGGGUACAGUCUACCGAUGUGGAAACUUGAAGUUCACUCCAGAUGGAAACUCUCUGAUUAGUCCAGUGGGAAACAGAAUUACGGUCUUUGACCUGAAAAAUAACAAAUCGGAAACUUUACCACUGGCUGCCCAAUACAAUGUAGCAUGUAUGGGACUGUCUCCAGAUGGAAAUCUUGCUAUACUUAUUGAUGAAGAGGGAUCUGCUUUACUUGUCAGUUUGAUCGGUAAAUCUGUUAUUCAUCGAUUCCAUUUUCAGAAACCUGUUCAUAGUGUCUGCUUUUCUCCAAAUGGAAAAAAAUUUGUGAUUACUAAAGACAAAGUUGCUCUGAUGUACCAUGCCCCAGGGAAAAAGAGAGAAUUUAAUGCAUUUGUUCUUGACAAAACGUAUUAUGGUGCUUAUGAUGAAACAACAUGCAUUGACUGGACUGAUGAUUCCAGAUGUUUUGCAGUGGGUAGCAAAGAUAUGUCAACAUGGGUGUUUGGAGCUGAACGCUGGGUCAAUCUGGUUUAUUAUGCACUCGGAGGUCAUAAAGAUGCAAUUAUUGCCUGUUUUUUUGAAGAAAACAGCUUGGAUUUGUACACCGUCAGCCGUGAUGGGGCUUUGUGUGUGUGGCAGUGUGAUACAGAACUAAGCGGUCUGAUACCUAGAACUCCCAAAAGCCAUCCCACUGACCAGGAAGAGUCAGCAAAAGACUUAGAGGAAGACUUGAUAGAAACACAAAGAGACAAAGAGAUUCAUGGAAAAGCCGGUGGAAAUGAAAAACAAAACAAGAAAGUGAAAUAUUCAUGUGCUGCCAAAUACUUUUUUAAUAAAGAAGGAGAUUUUAACACCCUGACAGCUGCAGCUUAUCAUAAGAAAAUCCAUCUGUUGGUCACUGGAUUUGCUUCUGGAAUUUUUCACCUUCACGAACUUCCAGAAUUCAAUCUCAUCCAUUCUUUAAGCAUUUCAGACCAGAGAAUUGCAUCUAUUUCCAUCAACAGUACUGGUGACUGGAUUGCCUUUGGAUGUGCAGGUCUGGGACAGCUCUUGGUUUGGGAAUGGCAAAGUGAGUCCUACGUGCUGAAACAACAAGGCCAUUUUAACAGCAUGGUAUCACUUGCUUAUUCACCAGACGGGCAGUAUUUAGUUACUGGCGGGGAUGAUGGAAAAGUAAAAGUAUGGAAUACCAGCAGUGGCUUCUGCUUUGUCACCUUUACUGAGCAUACCAGCAUCAUAUCUGCCGUAAUAUUUACCAGUUCAGGAUAUGUUGUUUUGAGUGCUUCUUUUGACGGAACUGUGCGGGCGUUUGAUCUGCACAGAUACCGCAAUUUCCGCACUUUUACUUCACCGCGGCCAACACAGUUUUCCUGUUUAGCUGUGGACUCCAGUGGAGAAAUUGUUUCAGCUGGUUCCCAGGAUUCUUUUGAAGUAUUUGUGUGGUCUCUGCAGAGUGGACGACUUUUAGAUGUAUUAGAUGGUCAUGAAGGACCUAUCAGUAGUCUGUGUUUUAACCCAGUGAAGUGUGUUCUGGCAAGUGCCUCUUGGGAUAAGACAGUCAGAUUGUGGGACAUGCUGGAUAGCUGGAGGACCAAAGAAACGCUGGCAUUAAGUUCCGAUGUGCUUGCUGUUGCUUUUCGUCCGGAUGGCAGUGAGCUUGCUGUAGCUUCCUUGGAUGGACAAAUCACUUUCUGGGAUCAUGAAAAUGCAAUGCAAACAGGAUCAAUUAUGGGGCGACAUGACCUUCAGAUGGGGAGGAAGGAACUGGACAAAAUAACUGCCAAACAAGCUGCUAAGGGCAAAUCUUUUACAAGUCUAUGCUAUUCUGCUGAUGGCCAAUGCAUUUUGGCAGGAGGUCUGUCAAAGUAUGUUUGUAUUUAUCACGUGAAGGAACAGAUUCUCAUUAAAAAGUUUGAAAUAUCUUGCAAUCUUUCCUUAGAUGCAAUGGAGGAGUAUUUGGACCGCAGGAAGAUGACUGAGUUUGGGAGCAUGGCAUUAAUAGAAGAGGGAAAUGGGGAUGACGACGACAUUGUCAUUCCUCUUCCAGGAGUUAAGAGAGGUGAUAUGAGUUCUCGGCAUUUUAAACCAGAAAUAAGAGUAACGUGCCUCCGCUUCUCUCCUACUGGAAGAAAUUGGGCAGCAACCACUACAGAAGGUCUUCUUAUCUACUCGUUGGACUCUAGUCUCACCUUUGAUCCAUUUGACUUAGAAAUUGACAUCACCCCUAGCAAUAUUCGUAAAGUAUUGCACCAAAAGGAGUUCACUAAGGCUAUUGUCAUGGCUUUUCGACUAAAUGAGAAGAAAAUGAUUCAAGAGGUUCUAGAAACUGUGCCCUAUGAUGAAAUUGAUGUAGUCUCCUCAUCGCUUCCAGACUUGUACAUAGAAAAGGUCCUAGAAUUUUUAGCAUCUUGCUUUGAGAAAUCUCGUCACUUGGAAUUCUAUCUCAUAUGGACUCAGAAGUUGCUGAUGCUGCAUGGAUGCAAGUUAAAAACAAGGUCAGAAAAACUGCUGCCUAUUGUUCAGUUUCUUCAGAAGAGCAUUCAGAAACAUUUUGAAGAUCUUUCUAAACUUUGUGAUUGGAAUUGUUACAACAUGAAAUACAUUCUAUCUAUUUCCCAACAACGGGGUAUGAAACGCAGAGCAGAAGAUUCUGAGAACAAUGAUUUGAAAAAUUUGGAAGAUUCCAGUAAUGAGGAUUUUAUGGAAGAAUCAUCUGUACAUUUAUAGAAAUAUGACACUUUUCCCAUGUAUAAAUUUAAACAGUGUUAUUCACUGAGAACUUCAUAGCCCUUGAAGUGGCCUAUUUUUUAUAGAUUAUUUGAAUGUGAAAUAAUAUAUCUGGGAGAAAGCAGUUUGCCUUUUGUACACUUUUUUCAGUAAUUGAAUAGCUAGACAGUUAUGGUCACUAAAUCCCAACCAUGGUUUUUUUCUCGCAGUUAGACAAGCAUUGUAAUUCCAUUGUAGACUGCAUGAAUCAUAAGUGUUCCUACCCAUGUCUGAUGCUCAGAGUUGGUGAUUUACAAAUUACCUAAAUGACUUUUUAUGUAAAAUUACUUAUAUAAAAUAAAUAUGUGUAUAGGGGAAGAAUGGGAAAAGACACAAAGACCAAAAGAAUGAACAGAAUAGAUUCAGAUUUAUACUUUUUGCAAAUAAAGUUUUCUUUCUUGUAAGUUAUUUUUUAGUCCACCUGAAAAUCAAUUUCAGUUUUAUUCAACAGAACUUGUUCCUUUUCAUUAACACUUUCUGAUUCUUUUGUAAAAGUAAACAUUUCCCAUGAGAAAAGAUCCUUUCAGUUAACUUCAAAGUCUUAAAGCAAGUCCAUGUAAGCUCUUAAUCGGUUUAAAAAAUUCUAAAAUUAACAUUAAGAAUCUUUUUGCUGUAAAUGCCACAAUGUUUUCUUCUUACAAAUCUUUAAACUUGUAAUUAAGCUUUUUUUAAAAGGAUUGUAGAAAAACUCGCCCAAUGAUUUCAAUAAAAUUGCCAGUCUGAAUCUUCUCAAUCUUUAAACAACAACAAAAAUAAAUGUGAUUAAGAGAUGAGCCUAGGUCAAACUUAAAGAGUUUACAUAGAUGACAUUAGCAGUUAUAAGCAUGAUGGAAUCCCAUGACUCCCAGCCAAUUGUAAGCUGACUGCAAAAAUGCAAUUCCUGCCAUCUGCUCACAAAAAAAAAAAAAACAGCUGUCCAUAGUACAUACGGUAAUUUUGUGAUCUCUCCUUACUCCAAAAAGAUUUUGGCAGCCCAAAUCUUGCAUUUGAGUAUUACUCUCUGUUGCAAUGUGUCCUGUUCUAUUCAGUUCACCAUGGUGGCUCUCCAAAAGCUCUUAUUUGAAAUAAUUGAAAGUCUGUUCAGAGUUUCAGAGGAAGGGUUUGGACUCCGUAUGUUAUGAAAUCACUGUUGUUGGUAUGUAAUUGUGUAUCUGUGGUACCAAAAAUGCUUUGGAAUUCUUUUUUCUGAUAUAGCCUGAAUAGAAAUUACGAAGAAAUUCUAUUGGUUUAACAGUAGAAAUGCUUUAGAACUAGAGGCUAGAAUAAAUGAAGUUAUUUGUAUUUGUUGCCCUGGAAUUGUACCUGGCUUAUUUUUUUCCCUAGAGUUCUCUUUUGUUCUGACUUACUUUUUUCCCUAGAGUUCUUUUUUGUUCAAAAAGGUAGUUUGCUACUACUAAUAAAAAUAUAAUAGAAAAAUACCAUUCAAUAUAGAAUAUAUAUUUUUUGAAUAAUAUUUGAAAAUGAUAAACUGGGAGAUGUGACCAAUCAGGCAUCAUCAAAAAUACUUGCUUCAUGAGGUGGAAUAACAAACAGCAUUUCCUGUCUUAAAAUACUAUAUUAUUUUGCUGGAUAAGAAAAUAUCUGUAUCCCUGGGAAUAAAAAUAUAAGUCUAAUCAC